AUGCCUCCAUUUUCUAGGAAGAGAUUGUCUCGAAGUGACGCUAACCGUACGUUAAGAAAUCUGGCGAAAGCGUUGACAAAUGUAAAUGCACCCCGAGAGAAGUCCUUGUCAGAGUUAGCCUCAGAAAUGAGCAAAAGGAUUAGCCAGAGUAAACCCUCGACUUUCGAUGGUAAGGGAGAACCAUCGGAACUGGAACUUUGGUUAAGAGAAUUUGACAAACUUUUCGAUGUAGUAGAGUGCCCAGAGGAAUUAAAGGUCAAUCAAGCUGCCUUUUAUUUGGUAGGGGAAGCCGAUUACUGGUGGGCAAACAGUAGAUCUGGGUUGUUAGAGCAAACUGAGGGGGACUUUGGUUGGGAUUUGUUCAAGAGGGCUCUGCGAGAGAAAUUUUAUCCGCUGCAUGUUAGGAAGGAUAAGUCGAACGAGUUUGCGCGGUUGGAGAUGGGCAGUAUGACGGUAGACGAUUAUUAUCACAAAUUUAUGGAAUACCUCAAGUAUUGCCCUGAUGAUGUACCCACCGAGGAGAAAAAAAUGCAACGCUUUGAGCUAGGUUUGUCUUUCGAUAUACAAAAGCAUAUUGAGAGUGACCGAUAUAACACACUGGAGCAGAUGGAGGCGGGUCUAAUUCGAAUUCAGGAAUUAGGAACAACGCGAAGUUUGCUAAGCCAUUAUUGGAUUGAGAUGGCAAUGAGAGGAGGUAUUUUUGGGCAUAGAGAGUUUGAAUGCUACCUUAAGAAAGGGAGUGGAGGUCAACAUCCGAGUGGCCAGAACCGACAUCAAAAUUUAAACAACGCUGGUAGUCAAGCCAGUCAACAGCACGGGAAUGGAAAUCGUGGCAAUGCUGGUCAGAGGUUCCAACGACCUUUUUAUGGCGGGCAAGGCCGAGUAGAUGGGAAUCGAGUAGAAGGGUCAGAGAUGCAGCGCGGGGGAAAUCACGUGGGAGGCAAUAAUGUACAGCCCGCGAGUGGAAGGGUAUCUGCGGUCAAUGCGAGAGAAAUUGACCAGGCAGCAGAUGUGGUUACAGGUACGUUCACCAUCCAUUCUAUAGCUGUGAAUGUAUUGUUUGAUUCGGGAGCUACAUGCUCAUUUCUUGCGAAGGGUAAGGUAAACGAGUUGAAUUUGGGAACCUUUGAAAAAGUUUCUUAUACGGUGGCUGUACCAUCGGGGAAAUUGUACAGUUGUGAAAAAUUGUAUAGGGAUGUACCCUUAAGGAUAGGGAAGGUAGUCUUUCCUAGCGACUUAGAGCAGCGAGUUUUACUGGAAGGACCACGUGGAGAAAGUGUUAGAUAUAGGAAGUUUCCCAAGGGACCCAGGACGAACUUGGUGUCGACCUUAGAGUUGCAGAGGCUUGUGAGGCAAGGACACCCUUUGUAUUUAUGUCAUAUCAGUCAGGGGGAUAAGGAAGAAGGAAAUCCCCAGGAUAUUGCUGUGGAGAUGGAGGAGUUGAAGUCUCAACUGGAAGAAUUGUUGGGUAAAGGUUAUAUUCGACCUAGUACUUCACCUUGGGGCGCUCCAGUUCUGUAUUUCGGUGGACCCGGUAAAAGUGGAGGCAGUUCGAAGUUGGCCGACACCGAAGAACGUCACCGAGGUACGAAGUUUCUUAGGUUUGGCCGGGCCUUCAUGACUUUGAAGGAAAGAUUAACUACGGCUCCUGACCGUAAGGUAAUUGCUUAUGCAUCUCGACAGCUGAAGGUACAUGAAGUUAAUUAUCCCACCCAUGAUCUGGAAUUAGCCGCUAUAGUUUUCGCUCUCAAGAUAUGGCGGCAUUACUUAUAUGGUGUUAAGUGUAGGAUUUACACUGAUCACCAGAGUCUGAAAUACCUCUAUACCCAACCUGACUUAAAUAUGCGACAACGUCGGUGGUUAGAGUUGAUGACAGAUUAUGACCUGGAGUUCUUUUAUCACGAAGGCCGAGCGAAUUUGGUGGCCGAUGCUUUGAGUAGGAAGUCUAGUCACUCGCUGUCUGCCCUGGACGGAGUUGAAGAGUUGCAUCGGGAUUUUGCUAGACUGAACUUGGAAAUAGUACGUAAAGGUGAAUUACAAGGGUGUUUGAAUGCCUUGGCUAUUCGACCUUCGUUCUUUGAGGAAAUUUUGAGUUCUCAAGAUAAAGACCCGAAACUCUUGAAAUUAAAGAACCAAGCACGAGAAGGAACAGCAGAGGGAUUCCUUGUCCAUGAAGAUGGAAGCUUGAGGUUCAAGGGUCGUUGGUGUUUACCGACAGGGGAGGAGUCUUUGAAGGAGCGUAUCCUGGAUGAAGCCCAUUGUACGAAAUUUUCAAAGGUGAAAAGUGAGCACAAGAGACCAGGAGGGUUAUUACAACCGUUAGAGAUACCAGUGUGGAAGUGGGAUGAUAUCUCUAUGGAUUUUGUUGUGGGUUUACCUCGAACGAAAUCGGGUAAUGAUGCACUAUGGGUUAUAGUUGAUCGUUUGACUAAGUCGGCACGUUUCAUCCCUAUGAACUGUCGCUGGGAAAUGGAUCAAUUGGCACGAGCCUAUAUUAAGUAUGUCGUUCGAUUCCACGGUGUACCCCGUACUAUAGUGUCAGAUAGAGACACACGAUACCUGUCACAGUUUUGGCAAACCUUGCAGCGGGCAUUGGGUACAACAUUGCUCCAUAGUACGUCGUUUCAUCCGCAGACGGAUGGACAGACAGAACGAACGAAUCAGAUACUGGAGGAUAUGUUGCGCGCAAUUGCCAUGGAGUGGCAAGGUCCGGUUUAUUGGGACGAUUUUACGGAAGCAGUGAUCUUAGGACCUGAAUUGUUGUUUCAAAUGAAAGAGAAGGUACGAUUGAUAAGGGAUCGGUUGAAAGCAGCACAGGAUCGCCAAAAGUCGUAUGCUGAUUUGAAACGACGGCCGGAGGAGUUCACCGUAGGAGAACAGGUGGCUUAUCGGUUAGCUCUUCCGAACUCUUUAGAGAAGGUACAUGAUGUAUUCCAUGUGUCCCAACUAAAGCGGUAUCAUGCCGCAGCCACUCAUGUAUUGGAUCCCGAACCUUUGGAUUUGGAUGCAUCUUUGUCAUACCCGGAGCAACCGAUUCGAAUCUUGGACAAGAAGGUCCGUAGCACUCGACGGAAGGAUAUAGUUAUGGUUUAA